CACAACCACACACAACCCAGAUAUGGUGAAGAAGAUCAACUACGACUACGAGAGCGACUACACCUACUCAGACGAUGGUGAUUACUACGACCCCAACAACCUCACUGAGGAAGAAGAAGUAAGGCUCUUGUCGCUUGUUCCUCUCGUCAAGAGAAAGCUCACAAACUGCAAAGGCUACAAUGACCAGGACAUCGAAGAGUCCCUCUACUUCCACAACCUAGAUGUUAUCAAGGCUGCUGACGAACUCAUAGCAAAAUUCAGACAGAUUACCAUCGACCCCCAAAGCACAACCACUUCAAAAUUAUCUUCAUUAUCUAAACUAAGAAAGAAGAGUUCAUUGAAUAGAUCUUUGAAUAAUCUAAUGAGAAAUACCUUAAACAGAUCUUCAGAAGAACAACCAUCUGCAACACCACAAAUCGACUUAACUAAUAACACAACGAUGAUCAAACCUGCAAUAAAUAGACCCACGAUACGCAAACCACUCAAUACUAGGUCUCUCACACCUCUUACUCCUAGAAGAAGACCAACAAAAUCUUUGAAUUCAAUAUCUAUAUUGGAUAAUCUUUCUUUUCUAAAAGACGCUAAUACUAAUACCAAUACUACUAAUGAUAAUUCAAAUGAUUUCCCUCAAAUAAAAACUAGUCCACUCAAAAACAACAUACUGUCUAAUCAACCUGCUCCUAAAAAAACUAUAUCCAAGCUCGCCUCCUUGCGACAAGCAAGAAACAAAAACAAAAACAGUUUAAUACCAGCUGCUAAACCAACUAUAACACCAAGUAUUAUUCAAAAAACCAACAAUGAAAAAUUGCAAACUGAACUAAACCAGAAAGAAUUAAACGAUUCUCCAAUUAAAAAGCACGAAAUAAUUAAAAAUAAUAAAAUAACUAAAAACUUUAAACAACCUGAUAAUUUAAAGAAUCUAAAAGAUUUUAAUUCCUAUCUUCAAAGCUCCGAACCUCAAGUUGUAUUCAAUUUAAAUAUUGAUUUUAAUCAAAAUUUCAAUAAAAUCGAUAAUGCAAAUAGUCUUCUUUAUAACAUAAAUCACAAUAAAGAUAAUAGUAAAGAUAAUAGUAAAGAUAAUAAUAAAGAUAAUACCGAAAUUAAUAAACAUGGCUAUUCAAAUUUGUUAAAAAAAACCUCUGUUAAUUCAAUUUUUAAUUUGAAACAAAUUCAAAACAAAAAUCAUACAUCAAACCCGGAUCUCAAUUUAAUUCUUACUAAAUAUUCAAACUAUUUAAACUCAAUUGAUUUAUCCUCAAUUCCAAAUUAUACUAACAAAAUCUCAUUUUUAGAAAAUAAAAAAAACUCAAAAGCAAAAUCACAAAAAGUAUCAAAAAUCUCCAAUUUAAAGACAGCCAAUAAGACAACCACUUUGAACAAGCAAUCAAUUUUCCCCUCUCAAAAUCAAAAUCAAAAUCAAUUAUCUUCAAAUUCCGAAGAAAAUCAAAUUGGAAAACAAAUUGAAAAUCAAACUGAAAAAAUUGUUAUUAAGGGAUUUAAAAAUUCAGUAAUAACUUCUCCUACAACUAACCUUAAAACAUCAUUUAAAACAACAAAACCUUACAAAAAGCUUGAUUUAUCUCAAAUAAUUAAACUGGAAAAUUUAAAGAAAACUUUAACCUUUGCUGUUAUCGGUCAUAUUGAUGCUGGAAAAUCAACUUUAAUGGGAAGACUAUUAUAUGAUAUGGGAUAUGUUGAUCAAAAGUUACUUUAUAGAUUAACAAAAGAGAGCAGUGCUAUUGGUAAAGGCUCAUUUGCCUUAGCCUGGAUAAUGGAUCAAAAUACAGAUGAAAGAAAAAGAGGUGUUACCAUUGACUAUGGGACCUCAAAUUUUCAAACCGCGGACACUAAUUUUAUCAUGAUCGAUGCUCCAGGUCAUAAAGAUUUUAUUCCAAAUAUGAUUAAUGGUACUUCACAAGCAGAUGUCGCCGUUUUAAUGAUUGAUGCUUCAACUGGUGCUUUUGAAAGUGGUUUCACUUUUGAUGGUCAAACUAGAGAUCAUACUGUUUUAGCUAGAAAUCUUGGAAUUACCAGGUUAAUUGUGGCAAUUAAUAAACUAGACACCAUUGAUUUUGAUCAACACAGAUUUAAUGAUAUCAAGGAUCAAUUACUUGAAUUUUUCAUUGACAAAGCAGGUUAUGAAAAACAAAACAUUACUUUUAUCCCUGUAAGUGGUUUAAAUGGUGAUAAUGUUUUUAAAAAAUCUACAAACAGGUCAUUGUUCAAGUGGUAUCCCAAAAAAGAACCUACAUUAGUUGAAGCAUUAGAAAAUGAGGCUGUAGUUUUGAACAAUCGUUUUGUUUCUUUAGAUUUAACUAAGGAGGCAUUUGCUUUCGCUAUUAACGAUAUCGAUACAAGCAAACAUGGCGAUGACAUUAACUUAACUGGUAAAGUAAUGAGCGGAUGUAUUCAAAUUGGUGAAAGUGUAUUAGUUCAACCUUCUAACUUUUGUUUAAGAGUAAAUUCAAUCAAGUCUUGGGUUGUUCAGCCAGAUGGAUCAAGUAAAGUUGAAGAAAAAGAGUUUGUUAUUAAAAACGAUAACAAUAUUACUUUACUGAUUAAACAUAAGGAGUUGAAAGUGAUUUUAUGCAGUCAAACACUAACCGAUAUUAUCAAGUUCGGUGAUUUAAUUACUAAGAUUGACAAAAAAGGCAUUAACAGAGUUCAGAAAAAUAAACCUUUGGCUGUUUCUGCUGUUAAAAAAUUUAAAAUGAAAUUGAAAUUAUAUAAUCUUGAGAAUAAGCCUUUAUUAGUUGGUGCCCCAUUUAUGUUAUUUAGGGGAUCAGCCUCAGUUCCUGCUUCUAUUGAAAAGAUCAAAGAAAUAUCUGGAGCUCAAAAGAAAAAGAAUUCUCUUCAUUUAGUUUCUGGCCAAAAUGCAGUGGUUACCGUUAAAGUGGAAGGAGAUAGAGAAUUAUCUUUAAUGAAGUUUGCUGAUAACCAUAAAUUAGGAAGAUUAGUAUUGAUACAAAAUGGAUAUAUUAUUGGCGUUGGUUUAGUUGAAAAGUUCUUAUUUUAA